AUGUGGCAAAUCAAAGCAGUCGCGCAGUGCUUGCUAGCUCCCGUUUUGGCUUGGAUGCUCCUGGCACUUCAGGGUUGCGAGCUUGCCCAAGUUCAGAAAGCCGCAGCCGACGCUAAGCAGAAGGUGGAGUCGCUACUGCCCGGAAGCAACCGAAGCAGGGAAGAGACAAGGACGAGAGCCCAAGCUGCCUUUCUACAACCUAGUAGACCGAGCAGUUCGCAAGCUGCAGAAAUGCCGGUGGAGCUCUCCAUUCCGCUGGCCGCGAGCUUUUGGUCCUUAGGUGCCCGGCUGCUAAUGCCAGUUUCCCCGAAAAGUUCCAACGGUGGUUUACUGCCGGCACAGAUGCUCAUGGUUGACACGGGAUCUUCAUCCCUCGCUUUUUGCGAGAGCAGUUUGCUCCAGGAAGCUGCUUACCAGGAGACACAGUACAACUCCUGCAAUCGCUACAACCCCGGUGGUGCUCCAAUGUACUACUGGGGCCCCUUCGUUGAAGGGGACCUCCACGCUGGCAACGUGACUUUCUCGAAUGCAUCUUACAGCAUCAUGGGGCAGGAGGAAAACAUGGGCUGCCAGCACGGCAUUCAGGGAAUCUUUGGCAUCGCCUUCAGACAGUUGGAUGUUGCCUCUCCGACGAAGCCCAACUUCACCAUGGCAGACUGCCAGGAAGAUGGUGAAGAGCUGCCACCACCCAUGAUCCAGACGCUGCAAGCGCAAGGUGGCGUGGAGAAGCUGGGCAUCCACUGGUCCGGGCAGCUGGGAGACAACCGCGGCAGGCUCUAUCUCGACGAUGCUGCUGUGACGAACGAGCACUACGACAAGACUUCGGAAGUUGGCCCGGCCGUGCUGGGGGAGACUGGCUGGUAUGACAUCGCAGUUCAGAAGAUCUCCGUGGGUGACCAGGAGUUCACAGGCCUCGGAUGUGCCCCGGAGCCUGGCAAGCAGUGCGUCAUGGACACGGGAACCCCAGCCGUGACGGUGCCGCCGGAAGUCUUCGAUUCUGCCGCCCAGCUGAUCAAAGCCGGGGGGUCUGCGAACUUGACGUUCUGGUUGCCCGCUGUCUCGGGGGAUGCGGUAGCACUGAGCUUCGAUUUGGCCACGAUCUUCCAGAUGGGAGGCCUCUUCAAAGGACGCAAAGAGGAAAACGUGAUCCUUGGGCUAUCAAUGUGGGCUUUCUACUACACUGUCUUCGACAUUUCGGCUCAGUCCGUCUCCUUCUUCCCACAACAGCCGGGCACGGAAGCCUCCCGAAGUGCCAUCCUCCAGAAGAUCUUGGCUGAAGAAAGGGCGCUGGGCCUGCUGCCACCUGGCGAGGGCCGCCGGAUGGAAGAGCUGCCAGUGACAGUGCAUGUCUGA